ACCCAACUCUAUCCCGAGGUAGUACCGGCAUAGCAACAUCACCACUCACGCCAUCUCUCUGCGUCUAGGUAGUUCGCAACAAUCACCAUGUUCGAGGGCCGUCACGCAUCAGAUAGAUAUCGUCUCCAUCUACAUCGCGCUCGCUCGGUCAUCUUGACGGGUCCAGAGCUCGUUGAAAUCCGCGCAGCACAGCGAACGUUCGAAGGCGCAUACGUCCGUACAGCAAUCGGCCAGUUUUCUUUUGCGCUUGUCGUGCUAAAGAUCUUCACCGCCGAGUUCUACUCGAUCGGUGCGCUGUUCGCUGUCUACGGUGCUGGCAUCUUGUUUAUCAGUUUGUUCCGGCGACAACAAGGAAACAAACAGUUCUUCUCGGAAGUCGGUGAGGAUGGCCUGCACAGGAAGAAGUUCCGAACAUCCGGCAAUGUGGUGUCUGUGUUGACAGCCUUGAGCGUUUCAGCGUACAUCUGUCUGCUGGUCUUAACGCUGAAGCUUACGACAUAGCCACUUCCCGACUUCGCUCGUAGGACGUGACUGUUACCUUUUGUUCUGCGACAAACAGUUUCAUCAUGGGUGACAAGGCUAGCAUGG